GGAAGUCUGAAAACACGAAUAUUACAGAUUACACUGCAGAGUUUGUUGCAUCUGCACAUAUUAGCCUACAUGAAAUAAUCACAUAUUACAAUGCAUGCCUGCGAUUCAAAAUAGUGAGUUUUUAGUCUUCCAUACGUGGAAAAGUAAAGUUUCGGUGCUCUGUGAACGAACUUUCGUUUUCGUGUAAACAGUGUUUACUUUCGGUUUCUCGUCGAAUGCGAUCCGUAAGUUUCGGUUCGUUACAGUGCGUUUUGUAAUCAGCCUGUGAAUGAAACCUCAUCGUGAUCGUGGUCUACUUCGCGGAGCAUUUUGCAGUAAAUAUGAGCAGACGUGCACUCAGCUGCCUGAGCCACUGGUCCUCUCGGCUCUUCGCCAUCGAGACGAACCCAGCAAUCGAACCCGUGUAUUUUUCUCUUAUUAAAACCCCACCGACAGACGCAGAGAUGCCGGCGUUUCAAGAAAUAUUCAGACGAGAAAGAAGCUACUCCUUCCACGUCUGUGUCGAAGACAGAAUCCAAAGAGCUCUUUUCCACGACGAUCUUCGGCAUGAGUUAAUUUCGAGGUUUGGGGGAGAUGCUGUGUUUGAAAUGUCCUCCUUUCGUCCCAAUGUGAAAAACUCUCUGGUCAAGGGUUUUUUCGUGAAUGGCGUGCGUGGCACGCCGGAGACGGAGCAAAUUCUAAGCAAACUGCUUCAAAACAACCGACUGGCCGUGUGCACCUACGUCCCCGGGGAGGGAGGCGGUCAGUGGCGCCAGGAGCUGCUGUGCCCCGCGAAGGACGGCGCAGUGGCCGCGGCUGACAGCUACGGCGUGGCACCCGUCCCGAGUCCAGAUCAUCACCCAUCAGCGAUGGACAUCAUAAACUCCAGCGUCUUCUACAGCUUCCUAGAAGCCCACCGUGUUAUGGCGGAGUGCGCUCACGUUAUUCCGGAAGCGCAGCAUGUGCUGCAGAGUGUGGAUCUGACGUUGCCGGCGAGGAAGGGAGACCGCUUCCCAGUGAUUGUCAUUGAAGGGCUGGAUGCAACAGGAAAAACCACCUUGACCGAGUCCCUGAAAGAGUCCCUCGGGGGCGUCCUGCUGCGCUCCCCCCCACUCUGCCUCAGUCCAUGGAGAGCCUGCUUCGACGCCAAACCCGCCCUUUUCCGGCGGGCAUUUUACGCCCUGGGGAAUUACGUCACUGCCGCCCAGAUCUCCGCAGAGUCAGCCCGGGCUCCCGUUAUUGUCGACAGGUACUGGCACAGCACGGCCGCCUAUGGCAUCGGCACGGCCGUGAGCGGCAAGGUGGGCAAUCUGCCAGGCCGGGGGUCUGAGGUGUACCGCUGGCCGGGCGACCUGCUGCGGCCCGACCUGGUCCUGCUGCUGACCGUCAGCCCCGAGGAGCGGCUGAGGAGGCUCACGGGGAGGGGCGGGGAGAAGACCCGCGAGGAGGUGGAGCUGGAGGCCAACCAGCUUUUCCGCAGCAAAGUGGAGGAGGCCUACAGGAGGAUGGAGGACCCAGCCUGUGUGGUUGUGGAUGCCAGCCCUUCUGCAGAAGAAGUCCUGCAACAAGUGCUGCUUGUAAUUAAAGAUAAAGUGCACUUGCGGAGGAGCUUGUAAUACAUGGAUCUGCAGAGACAGGCUGCGAUACUGUAUUUGGCCAGCAGGUGGCAGCACACCACCACAGAACUGGUUCUCCAGCCCGCUCGCCUCACUCCAGACCCCUCCCAUCCCCCUGCAGGAGAUCCAGGUUGCGGCAGUGGUGUGACUGGUGCGUUGACGCAAAAUUCUAAGACCAGCGGCUGGACAUGCUGCUGCAUUUCUGAUGUCGACACAGAGCUAAAAUGUUCGAACAGUCCCUAGGCUCUGAGUGUCAACGUUGGCACACAGCUGGAACGAGAGCAAUGAUCUGUCCAGGCUGAAACUCAAGGAACAAGGAAUUGUGUUCACUUACAGGUUAUGUGUGAAUUUCAUUUUAUUUUAUCAGUUUGGAAUCUUUCAUCAAGACACUCAAGUUCAAUAAACAGUAAAAUCACUCAGGCUAUA